AUGUCGGAUCGUUGGCAAUGGGUAGAUGCAUUUAGAGAUGCUAAUAUUCCAACAGCAGUUAUGAUGAAUAUGCCAGAAGAAGAUUUUAAGAAAACACGUUUAUUUUUAAUUGAUGCCGGUCUUGCUCCAUUGAGUUACCUUAAAGAUGCAGAAAAGAAAGAGGAAGUGAAGGAUCCAGAGCAGGAAGAAUUAGACAGAAUUAUUGAAGAAUCAAAAAGAAUCAAAGCAAAACGCGAGAAAGGAAACACAGAUUACGUAUAUAACCCUGCUUGUUUCUGUGAUCAGAAAUAUAAUGUUAAUACUACCUUAGAAGAGGAAGAAGAGAAGAAGGAGAAAGAAGUUAAAAAGAAUAACGAUUUUCCAAAGACAUACGUAUGGGAUGGCGACGAUGAGCAUGCUACAGACAAGGUUAUUAAGGAUUCAUUAGAGUCUAAGUUCGAAAAGCUCGAAGCUGAGCAGUUACUCAAGCAAGAACAGGAAGAUAAACAAAGAUUAGAAGAACUCAAACAAAAUUACAACGACAACGUAAAUCAGUCGAACUCAAUUCAAACAAAGCGCGAAAAUAUGGAGAAGUUGCAGUUGUUACCACCAGAACCAGCUGAUGGCGUACAAAUGGCAAUCUUAUUACCAAAUAACAAAAAAGUUAUGCGUAAGUGCAAUCUCAAUGAAGACGCAAACGCUAUUUAUACUAUUGUAGAAGGACAAGAAAAUAUGUAUGAAAAAGAUGAUUCGCUUAUUCCUUAUAAGAUCAUUUUUGGUAUUAACAACGAACUUCUUCGUAAUGUACCACUUGUUGACCAAGGCAUCAAGUCGAGAAAUAUGUUUAAAGUUUUGUUAGAAUAA